UAAAGCGUAAACAAACUAGUUCGGUGCACGAGAAUCCAACGACGGUGCGGGUGACAUAAAAUCGUGUAUUCAAUUAUUGAGUGCAACGGCCUCGCGAAAAUGACUUCGUUAGAUUUGCGACAGCAGAAACUUGAGCAGCAGAGGCAACUGAUUGCUCAAAAAAUGAAACAGAAAAGACAAACAGGUGCAGGAGGAAUGAUACAAGCAUCUAAUGUAUCUAGUGCUCAACUGACUGGUCGCUCGUCAGCAUGGCAACAUGCAAUACACGGUUACGAUGGCCCUUUACAUUACGCUAUGUUUCCAGGUCAUCCAGAUACAAGUACACUGCCAGAAAAUAGGACCCUGGAGACUGAAUUAAGUAGAGAUCUUAGUGGUGAAGGUAUUUUUUACGAUGGAGCAGAUGAAGAAUCUUCGCCAAUAGAACUUCAAUCACCAACUGAAACUCUUGUGUGUGCAUCACCUCUUAGAGUUGCUCCAUCAGAUGGACCUUUGACGGUUAUCAACAGAGAAAAUUCUAGCCCAGAAUUAGAAGGAAACGUGGAAGGUAAUAUAGAGCAUUUUGUGUUACAACCAGCCAACAAAAAAAUGCAUUACAAAUGUAGAAUAACGAGAGAUCGAAAGGGAAUGGAUCGCGGUUUUUAUCCAACCUAUUUUCUUCACUUGGAGCGAGAUUACGGUAAAAAGGUAUUCCUACUCGCUGGACGUAAACGGAAGCGCAGUAAAACGAGUAACUACUUAAUUUCCACUGAUCCGACUGAUUUAUCACGUGGUGGCGAGGCCUAUGUAGGCAAACUAAGAUCAAAUCUCUUGGGAACUCAAUUUACUGUGUAUGAUAAUGGUUACUCGCAGCUUAAAGACGAUAAACGGGAAGAGCAAAGAUCUAAUCCAAGACAAGAGCUAGCUGCAGUAAUAUACGAUACAAAUGUUCUAGGUUUCAAGGGACCUCGAAAAAUGACUGUUAUCAUUCCUGGAAUGACUCCCGACCAAAGGAGAGUUGAAAUUUGUCCUCGGGACGAAUCUGAAACUUUAUUAGAAUGUUAUAAAUCAAAAAAUAUGGAUAAUCUCAUAGAAUUACAUAAUAAAACGCCAGUAUGGAAUGACGACACGCAAUCGUACGUCCUCAAUUUUCAUGGUCGCGUUACACAGGCCUCAGUAAAAAACUUUCAAGUAGUUCACGAUACAGACGUGGAUUACGUUGUAAUGCAGUUUGGCAGAGUGGCGGAAGAUGUUUUUACAAUGGAUUAUCGAUUCCCCUUGUGUGCACUCCAAGCGUUUGCCAUAGCACUUAGCAGUUUUGACAGUAAGCUGGCCUGUGAAUAAUGCAUUUCAA